AAGGAAAGAUAUCAAGUUCCUAACUAUCGAUUCAUGUAAUCUCCAUAAACACCAUAACGCAUAAUGUCUCCAAUUUGCCCCAUGUCUGAAGUUAAUGAUAACAUUCGUUUGAAACUAUUGAUUGAGAAGGUUAAUGAUGCUUAUGAAGAAUAUACCAGAUUGCCUGAGGCAGAUAUUCAAGCUGCAAAUGUAGCUAUCAUGCAUUCUGUUCUGAAGCUAAACCAGGAUGAUGUAAAAAAAGUGGUCCACAAAAACCUUGGCAGAAAGCAGCCAACUGAUUAUUCGUUGAUGCUGGGCCACUUUUGCCAUGAAAGAUUGAUCAAUUUGACCAAGAUCGCCCCAAGCGAAGUGAAGGAGGCUGUUCAGGACCCCAAUAAUAAGGAAUUGGUUGAACAGCUUAAAAAAAAUUCUUUCACUAAGCGUAUUCAGGCCAUUCAUCCUUCUUCUUAUAUUGCCAAGGAAUAUAAGAAUGAUCUCAAGGGAUUGCAAAAAGCCAUUGAUGAUAUGUAUGUUAAGUAUAAAACGAACAUACUUAUUGGCUAUUGCACCAAAACAGAGACAAUUGCCACAUUCCCUUCUGGCACCAUGCAUAAUUCAGUGGGCUCAGCGAAUGCCUUAUCAUUCGUAGAAAAGAAACUGAAUGCUGAUCUUUCCUUUAUAUUGUGGAACAAACUUCCGAAUAGCGCACCCUAUACUGGUAAGUGGAAAUCCCCUAAGGUACAUAUUACGACUAUCCUGUUGUUGACAUAGAAUCGUAGCUGUGUCCGGCAGUCUACCUGUAGUCGAGUUUGUUCCAGCAAUGCAACCAGUUUGUCGGUCAGUUCCCCCUCCUGUUCUUCAUAAU